AUGUCUUGCUCCUCUGAGUCUUCAGACGAUAGCUUCCACAGUUUGCCUGCCCUUGAUGAGCUGCUGCAUAACACCUUCUCAGAAGUUCCUAAGAAUUUCAAUGUAGUACACAUCAACGCGCAGAGUAUUCCAGCACAUUAUGCGGACAUGCUAGCUACGUUUGACAACAAAAAUAUCCACGCUAUUCUUGUGUCAGAGACAUUUUUAAAUCCUAGCCUUUCUUCUACUUCUGUCUGUCUUCCAGGUUUCCAAAUGAUUCGCAAUGACCGUGCUAGUUCUUCACAUGGUGGGGUAGCCAUUUAUCUUCGUAGCCAUAUUCCUUUUGCAAUCCUCAGUACUUCACCUCAACCCCCUCCACCUGAUACUGCAGAACAUCUGUUUCUGGAAGUUACUUUGUCUCAUCAUAAACUACUUCUGGGAGUUUACUAUUGCCCAUCUCUAAGAAUUGACUACUUUUCCGCUCUUGAAAAGCUCCUUGAAGACUUUGCUCCUUCAUAUGAUCAUACCAUUUUGAUGGGUGAUUUUAAUACUUGCCUUCAUAAAAAUGAUUCACGUUCGAGCAGUCUUCGUUCUGUUAUAAAUUCCUGUAACUUACAUAUUCUUCCAUCUAACGCUACGCAUCAUUUUCCUAACUGUACUCCCUCUCUUCUGGACCUCAUAGCAGUCUCUUCUCCCGAACUUGUCACCAAGCAUGGUCAAUUCACGGCUGAUGCCUUUUCCUAUCACGACCUCGUGUACCUGUCGUAUAGGGUGCGCGUGCCCAAGGCUAAGCCUAAAAUUCUCCUACAACGUAAUUUUGGAGCCAUGGACUUAGAUCGAUUGCGUGAAGACGCGAGUAGAGUUGACUGGUCAGUAGUGGACAGUGUUGGUUCGGUGGAUGAACAGGUCGAGUUAUUUACAUCGCUACUGACUCACCUUUAUGAUGUACAUGCACCAGUUCGACCCGUUCGGAUCAGGCGCCUUCCUGCACCGUGGCUGAGUAAUGACCUUCGAAGUUAUAUGGAGAAGAAGAAUCGUGCGAAAACCAGAUACAAAAUUGAACCAUCUGAUGCGAAUUGCAAAAAAUAUCACCGAAUCAGAAAUCGCUGCAACACAUUGAUUAGGGAUGCUCAGCGACGCCACAUCCACACAUCCAUCGAAAAUGGUAACCCCACUAAAAUUUGGAAUUUCCUUAAGUCGCUUGGAGUUGGAAAACAAAAUGGUGGGCACGGUCGAAACGGAUUUGGGCACGGUGGAAACGGACAUAGGCAUGGUGGACAUGGGCACGGUGGGCAUGGAGGAGGCGGAAAGGCGGAGGAGGCGGUGGAGGAGGCGGAGGAGGCGGAGGAGGCGGUGGUGGCGGUGGUGGCACUGGUGGAGGACACGGCGGUACUGGACAAGGUGGAGGACACGGUGGCCACGGACAAUAGCAGCGGGUGCCUGCAAUCUGUGCCAGGUCGUCGGUCCACCUCGUGA